GGGGGGGGGGGGGGGAGGAGCCUUCGAUAUGGAUACAAUUGGAGCAACGACGGCCAGCAGAGGAGGAGGGUAAAAUCGAUCGAGCGGAGCUAGAGCGACGGGGGGUAGUGAAUAGUGGUGGGUGGCUUCGACGGGCGGAGUGACAGCGAGUAGAGAGCGGGUAUCUGCAAAGGGCACCCAGGCUAAUGGCUGAACCGGUCAGGAGAAUUCGCAACCCAGGCGGCGAUUGGCACGGAAGAAUAUGGACACGAAAAUAAUGUCGAACAGUCACGGACAAGGAAAGCAAAGGAGUAAAGCACUAAAGCAAUCGAUAGGGGAGACAAUGGAAAGUGGACGGAGGGAAGAGGUGAGAGCAGAUGGGCGAGUUGAGGAGGGGGGGAGAGGGAAAGAAGAGGUUAUGGAUCAAUCAAUCGAUGACUGAAUGGGUCCAGGCAAGCUUGACUGGAUGGGGACUUUGGGAAGCCUGAGAGGGAAGGAAGUUCGAGGGUCGUUCAAGGGAAGCAGAAGCAGAAGCAGGAGCCGAAGCAGUAGCAGCAGAGACGCAGACGCAGACGCAGAAGAGGGGGACCCGAACGGUGACGGGAAGCUAGCAAAGCAGCAGCAGCAGCAGCAGCAGCAAAUGGAUGGGGGCACUGGAUAGCUCACCUGGCAAAGCAAGAUAGAUAGACGAUCAGCUAGGGAGAUAGCCACUGGACAGGUAUCACGGACAAUUACCAAUCAGUAGGGAAAAAAGGCCAGAAGGAAGACCGACCCGCGAGAAAGUG